GGCCAUUAGAGUUUAGGGAAAAAUUUAUCGAAACAGGCAAAUGUUAAUUUGGAGCCAUUUGUUUAAGGCCUUAACAACUGGUUGCUGUGUGUAGAUACGCGGUUGGCUGUAGAACACUGUUUUGACAGCGGCAUAAGUUUUCAGUGGGUUUUUGUAUGCAUACCACUUCAUGGCAAAUAAUAUUUGUGUAUGUAUCUAUUGAUUGCUGAAUUAUUCAUUUGUGAAUGUAACAAUGGGAACUGAAAUAUUGAUGAAAUCCUUCGUGACCCUGCAAACCGAGCUGGAACAGGCGAAGAGCAGUUUGAAAGGAGUGGAUGAAAAUAUUAAAAGGUUAAUUGGCAGGGACCCAUCAGAUCCACCCCAGAGGGUAGGUACUAAACGCCCCCCAAACGAUGACAAGCCGCGGCACAGGCUCGCAAGGAACAGGGUCUUCCCGCAUGAAAAUGAUGAACCACCAAAUAAAAGAAGGGGCACUGGAGGUGGAUCAGUGUUCAAAAGGCUAUCUGAUAGAGUUGUCUCCGAGCCUGUGCUGCCAAAGCAAAUAAUAAGCAAGGUUAUAGUCACACCAAAGGAAAUUCCAAGCAGGCAGGAGGCCUUGGCUGCCCAAAGCAAAGAUGAACGGUCCAAUGCCAGAAACAGAAGAAUGUUCGGAGCACUGUUGAGCACACUUCAGAAAUUUCAGCAGGAGGAAACCAGAAACAGACCCCUGGAGGAAAAAAAGAAGCAAAUUGAGAAAAAAAUUGAAGAUCACGUAAUCAAAGAAAAACAAGUGAUUAAGAAAGAAAGGCAAGAGUUAUUCUUGAACAGGCGCAAAAAGCAGGCUGAAAUCAAGGCUAUCGAAUUGAAAAUGCUGAGAAUGAAGGAAUUUGCAUACUGGGAGGAGAAACAAAGGCCAAGAGCAAACUUUAUAACCACUAAGGCCAAGCCACACAUACAGUUUUUGCCAAGGCGUCUAAAUGAUGUUACUAAGGAAUUAUUGGAGGCUAGUAAAGCUGAAGUAGAAGCUAACAUUGAAAAGAGGAGAAAUUCAAUGCUUGAGGAAUUGGAACAAAUAGUGGAAAAAAUUAAGCGUAACUUUGAACAUAAGAAAACGGAAAAAAAUGAGGAUGAAAAUAUGGAACAUAAUACUCAUGUGUCAGAUGAUAAUAAUGUUACAAGUUAUUCAAAGGUUGUGUCAGUUAAUCAGCAGGAAAAUGAUAAAGAUAAAGGUGAAGAGAAAAAUGAAUCAAAUGGAAAUGAUGGUGGGAAAAUAUGUACGGAUAAAAAUAAGGAAUCAACAAAUGAAGACAUAGUGGCAACUAAAAGAGAGAUAUCAUCAGAUGAUGAUAAAAAAGAGUAUGCUGCUAAUAAGUUUGCUGCCAAAGGUCAGUCAAAUAGUGAUACUAAGGAAACUAAAUAUUCAAACAAAGAUGAGGUGUCUUCAUCUGAUGAUGAUAAAAAGGAGACUAAAUAUGUUAACAAAUAUGCCAGAAAGGGAGAGGAGUCGUCAGAUGAGGAUGGAAAAGAGAAAAUAUACAUUGAUAAAAACAUGGAUAAGGAACAAGACUCAUCAGAUGAAGAUAAGGCUUAUGCACAAAAGAAUACACCUACAGGAGAACCAUUAAAAGGGGAAGAAACAUCAGAUGAGGAGAUGAAGGGAAAAAAAUAUAAUGACAACAAUGAAGGUCAAGGGAAAGAGUCAUCAAACAAUGAUUGGAACAAUAUAAAACACAAUGAGACUUCUGAUGAAGAUACCCCAAAUAAGUAACUUGGUUUAAAUGUACAUUGUAAGAUUUUGUAAAAUAAGCUAUUUAUGAAAAUAAGUAUUUCUUGCAUCUGUAUAUGUUCUCUAUGAGAAGUAUGUAAGUUAAUAAAUAUGCAAGUUACUGUCUAUAA